AUGAUCAUGAUCAGGGAGGUCUCCAUGAUCUCCCUGCUGGCUCUGUUUUGCUCAGAAGAAUUUAGGUUUGAGAUAAAAACCGUAACUGCUGGACAAAAUGUCACCCUGACAUGCCCUCGCCAGACCUCUGCUCACUACAAAGAAAAUUUAUACUGGAUCCGCCUCGUUUCUGGAAACCUGCCUCAAUUUCUUGGAGUAUUAUUUAACUUUAUGGAUGUUUCCAAGAUUCCUCGCAUUCAGACAAAACAAAAUGGAGAACAAUUUCUUCUUCAUAUAAAUGAGGCUCAGCAAAAUGACACUGGACUUUACUAUUGUAUUAAAGUCAGACAACUGGAUUUCAUAUUUAUCAGUGGAACAUUUGUUAAAAUUAAAGGAGAGGAAUCAGAUGUAAAUGUUGUGCUUCAGAAGCAGCCAUCUGCAACAGUUCAUCCAGAAAACCCAGGGACUUUACAGUGUUCGGUUCUCUCUAAAUCAGAGUGGUCAACAUGUCCAGCUGAUAACAGGGUGUACUGGUUCAGAGCUGGAUCAGAUGAUUCUCAUCCUAACUUUCUUUAUCUACAAGGAAUGAGUCCAGCUGAAUGUGAGAGGAGUCCUGGGGUUCCCUCUGCACAGACAUGUUUCUACAACUUUUCUGAUAUCUCUGAUGCUGGGACCUUUUACUGUGCUGUGGCUGCAUGUGGUCAGAUAUUAUUUGGAAAUGGAGCAAAAAUGAAGGCUGCAAAUGUUGAAGAUUUGUCCAAUAUAGUUCUUUCUUCAUUAAUCUCCGCUUUGGGGAUAAGUCUUGCUGUCAUAUCUUGUCUUAUUUACAAAAUUAAGAAGGAAACAUGUUGCUGUUGCAAAGAUCAUGUCCCAGGCAUUGGUGACAACAAAAGUCAGCAGAGGGAAGAGGACACUUUGGUUUAUUCAGCACCAAAGUUCAACAUGAACAAGGCAAAGAAAGCAAGAAGGGGGAAUCUAAAACCAGCGCAGGAAGAGAUGGUCUACGCAGAUGUUAAAACUGUUUGAUAGUUUAUUUUUUCUAUAGUUGUUAUAUAAUUGUAUUCCAUAUUAAAAACUGUAAUAUUUUUUUUUUUAUUGUUAAAUGUGCUGUAUGUAUUAAUUUUUAUAUCUGGCUUUAUGUGGACUAAUUUAAGUGCAGAGGUCACUUUUGUGUUGUUUUUAUUUAUGAAAUAAAGUCAGACCUAUGUUGUGCAAUUUAACCACAAGUUUAUGAAUAUAUUAAAUACCAAGGAAGAAGUUAUUGCUAAUUAAUAGGUCAUUCAAAUUAAGGGUAAAACCAAUUAAUAAUUUUUAGUUGAAUGAAGAUAACUGUAAUUUGACUAUUCAUCAGGGUUCUUAGUGUUGUCAGAAAAUUUUGAUUUCUCUUUUUUCAUAUAUUAAUUUAUCCUAUUCCCUACUAUAAAAGUUUUCACUAGGUCUGUUUAACCUGCAAGGCCACACAUUUCUCUGCAUGAGGGUGUUUGUAGACCA